UUUUUUUUCUCAGCUUUUUUUGCCUACUUUCUCUCAAACAUAUAUUUUUAUUUAUUGUUCUUUGCCCGGAUAAGCCCACUCAUACACUAAUAAAAUGUCUCAGCAAAGCCAAGACGAUAUGGGUAUAACACCUAUUUCAAGCUUAGAGGAAAGCGGAAUCUCUGCUACGGAUAUUAAAAGGCUAAAAGAAGCUGGUUAUACAACAGUAGAGUCCAUUGCAUACGCACCCAAAAAAAGUCUGCUCCAAAUUAAGGGUAUCUCAGAAACAAAGGCCGAUAAACUAUUAGCAGAAGCUGCUAAAAGAGUGGAUUUGGGGUUCACAACAGCGACAGACAUCUAUCACCGUAGACAGAACGUUGUAUACAUCACUACCGGUUCUAAAGAUCUUGAUCGUAUGUUAGGAGGCGGCAUUGAGACAGGAUCCAUCACUGAACUAUUUGGUGAAUUUAGAACAGGCAAAAGUCAAUUAUGUCACACACUCGCUGUUACUGCACAGCUACCCAUUGAGAUGGGAGGAGGGGCAGGAAAAUGUUUAUUCAUCGAUACCGAAGCAACCUUCAGACCACAGCGUAUCGUAGCUAUUGCUGAACGAUUCGAGUUGAAUGCAGAGGAAACGUUGGAUAAUAUUGCCGUUGCACGUGCUUAUAACACAGAUCACCAAGCACAACUAUUGAUACAAGCAGCUGCUAUGAUGACAGAAGCUCGUUUCUCUAUAUUAAUUGUGGACUCAGCAAUGGCAUUGUAUCGUACAGACUAUGUGGGGCGUGGGGAAUUAUCAGCCAGACAGACACACUUAGCCCAGUUUCUUCGUCAGCUUCAGAAAUUAGCGGAUGAGUUUGGCGUUGCCGUCGUUAUCACAAAUCAAGUGGUAGCACAGGUAGAUGGUAUGAACAUGUUUAACCCUGAUCCCAAAAAGCCAGCAGGCGGUAAUAUCAUCGCGCACGCAUCAUGCACACGAUUACAGUUGAAGAAAGGCAGAGGUGAAAAUCGUAUUUGCAAAAUCUAUGACUCACCUUCUCUUCCAGAAACAGAGUGCAAUUUUGCUAUUAUGGAAGACGGUAUUACGGACGCCACUGAGUAGGCAACUUAUGUGAACAUAACCUUGUCUUUUUUUUUUUUUUUUCUUCCUUUUUCUGUUAUUAUUUUUACUACAAAUUAUUAUAGUUCAUUU